UGGCCCCUCUCAGGUUUCUCUCUGCUGUAAACAUGGUUGACAGGAUAGAUGAAAUAAAAAAUACAUGUGUAAUAUCCUUGAAUGAUUUGUGAAUGAUAUAAUUUGAUUUGAAAAAUAAAUGGUGUGAUACAAAUCUGACUAAAAAAUAAAUGGUGACUUUUACAGCUGUCACGUAACAAAUCAAAUUUUUGGAACUCUGUAAAAUAAUUAUUCAACAUUAUGUGGGACGAAGACAUAAGUACCGUUAUUCUGCCUACUUUAUCUACUGUAAUUUUUUUUGUAUUUACGAUAAAUUUCUUUCGACACCUCAUGCGCAAUCCCCACAUUCAGAUUAGAGAUGUUACAAAGGAACAUAAUUGGAAGCCAAUUACAGGAACAACUAAGGCAUAUUGCUGCAGUAUUUGUGAGACGUUAUUGUUGAAUCUUGAUGGUCUUUUCUGUGAUUCGUGUGGUGUGUGUGCGGAUCGAGGUUGUAUAAAGCUUGCAGACAAGCGGCUAAAAUGCAAAGCCAUAAAUGUAUCUCUCAACAAUGAUCAACCAAUGAAACACCAUUGGGUUAAAGGUAAUUUGCCACUUGUUGCUAUAUGUUAUAUCUGUGAAGAAGAAUGUGAUGUUGAACCCGGCCUCGCAGAUUGGUGGUGCUGUUGGUGUCAAAGAUGUGUUCACGAAGCAUGUAAACUUGUUCUCUCUGAUAUAUGUGAUUUUGGAAAAUUUAAAUUAAUGAUUAUUCCACCAAAGAGUUUAGAAGUAAUAAAUCGACGUAGCACAAUGAGACGCAGAUUACAUCUUCGUUCUGUUAUACCACCGAAUUGGCCUGAUUGGAAUCCGAUCAUUGUAGUAGGUAAUAGGAAAUCUGGAAACAAUGAUGGAGGGCAUAUUUUAUCUUUGUUCAGAAGAUUAUUGAAUCCUGCACAAAUCGUGGAUUUAGCAGAACGCGAUCCAGUUGCUGCUCUUGAAUGGUGCCGUUUGUUGGGAAAAACGCCAUGUACCAUUCUUGUAGCCGGCGGCGAUGGAACCAUCGCUUGGUUACUGAACACCAUUGAUAAGCUCGGGUUAGAGCCCAUUCCAUCUGUAGCAAUAAUUCCUUUGGGGACAGGCAACGAUUUGUCCAGAGUAUUAGGAUGGGGAAAGCAACAUGAUUCGCAUUUGGAUCCUGCAGAAGUCUUGCGGAAAGUGCAAACAGCAGCAAAGAUCAAGUUUGACAGAUGGUCUGUGACAAUAAAACCAUAUAGCGCAUUAGGAUUCAGAGGCUCGCAACGAAAUUUGUUUAUGUAUAACUACAUAAGUGUGGGCGUGGAUGCACAAGUAACUUUAAACUUUCAUCGUACAAGAGAGAGUCGCUUUUACCUAUUUAGUCAUAGGAUAUUUAAUAAGCUCUUGUACUUAUGCUUCGGCACACAGCAAGUUGUGGAAAGAGAAUGCAAAGAUCUCGAUAAAAAUAUGGAAGUUUAUUUGGACGACAAGAAGAUAGAACUGCCUUCUAUUGAAAGCGUAGUGAUACUGAACAUUCCAUCUUGGGCUGCUGGUGUUGAUUUAUGGAAAAUGGGAAUGGAAGACGAUCCAAAUUCGAAAGUACAAAGUAUUAACGAUGGCAAGUUGGAAGUAGUGGCUCUUUAUUCUUCUUUUCAUAUGGCUCAGCUGCAAGUAGGACUCUCAAAACCGUAUCGGAUUGGUCAAGCUAGCACUGUAAAGAUAAAAUUAUUGCGAUCAUGCGCUAUGCAAGUGGAUGGUGAGCCUUGGUAUCAACAGCCUUGCGAAUUCAAUAUAACAUACUGCAAUCAGGCAUCUAUGUUGAUGAGCAACGACUUUUAAGUAUAUGGCGUGAGGCCAUUUAUGCAUUUAUAAAUGCAUUCGUACCUUAUUGCUUUAGUAUUUGCUUACUUGCCUAAAUCUGGUUAUAAAUUAGUUUUUUGAUGAUUAAAAUGUGAAGACAUAUAAAUCUAGUCGACAUUCUAAAAUCUAAAAUGUAUGAUUUUAUGAAUUUUAAGCUGUUUCAUAAUUCUAUUUAUUAAUA